GUUGCACUUUCACCGCAAUCAUUUCUCCGCAGCGGCGAAAACAUCGCAUUCCAAUCUUGAAAAGAUCUCCCACAUCCUUGUCCCAAACAAAUAAGAUAAGAAUAAAAUGGCUGCAGCUGCCCCGGUGAUCAUGCGCGUCAUGGCGUCCUCAAUUAGCACCGCCAAGCGGGCUGGAGGAAUCAUCCGCGACGUGCUCAAGAAGGGCGACCUGGGCAUAGUGGACAAGGGCAAGAACGAUCCCCAGACGGAGGCAGAUCGCUCUGCCCAGCGCUGCAUCAUCGCCUCCUUGGCUAACAAGUUCCCCACCGUGAAGAUCAUUGGCGAGGAAGGGGGAUCCGAUCUGAAUGUUUGCGACGACUGGCUGGUGAACGAUUUGGAUGAGGGAUUCCUGCAGCAAAGUUGCCCCGCUGAGUGGAAGGAUGUCAAACCCGAGGACUUUGUGAUUUGGGUGGAUCCCCUGGAUGGCACAGCCGAGUAUACACAGGGACACGUGGAACACGUGACCGUCCUGAUCGGCAUAGCUGUGAAAGAUGCUGCUGUGGGCGGCAUCAUACAUCAGCCCUUCUACCAGCAGCCCGAUGGCGAAAUGGGUCGUACCAUUUGGGGCCUCAAGGGUCUGGGCACGGGAGGAUUCACGGCGGUGCCCGCGCCAGCCGGCCAGUUCAUCAUAACCACCACACGCUCGCAUUCCAAUGCCCUGCACCAGCAAGCGCUCAAUGCAUUCGCAUCCACAGAAGUUCUGAAAGUCGGAGGCGCUGGGUUCAAAGUGCUCCAGCUGCUGGAGGGAAAGGCCCAUGCCUACGUCUUCGCCACGCCCGGAUGCAAGAAGUGGGACACCUGCGCACCCGAGGCCGUUCUGGAGGCCCAGGGCGGCUGCCUAACCAACAUCAACGGCGAGCACUACGCCUACAAUGCGGAUGUGGAGCACGUGAAUCGCCAGGGAGUGCUGGCCAGUCUGGGACAGAACCAUGCCGCGCUGGUGGAAAAGAUUCCAGCCGAGGUGCGGGCGGCAGUGGGAGCCAAGUAAGAUAGCUUUCAAUUCCAGUACUUUAUUAGUUUAUUUGCACUAAAAGUAAACACAUAAAUUAAGCAAUAACAGGUUAGAAAUUUGAAAAUUGUUAAAA